AUGAAGGGAGUACAGCAACUGUCGAAUCUCUGCAAGGCGGAUGGCAUGUCCUUGGCUAAAUGGCAUUCGAACUCGCCAGAGUUUAUUUACUCAAUCCAGAGCACCUCUCAACCACUCUCAUUGGAUGAUUGCAAGGCUAAGAUUCUCGGAUUAAAUCGAAGGCCUCACCAGGAUAGUCUACUGUUUAACUCUGAAUUACUAACAAUUCCUCAACAGCCCACUAAAAGGAUCAUACUGUCAGAGAUCUCUCAAAUAUUUGAUCCCUUAGAAUUCAUCUCACCAGUUACAAUCUUGGCGAAGAUCAUUCCUCAGGAGCUCUGGAUGUUGAAGGUUUCUUGGGAUGAGCCUAUCCCAGAGUCCUUAUCUUCUAGAUGGCUGCACAUCAGAAGCGACGUCACUCUUCUGGAUGCCAUUGCAAUACCUAGGCUAGAAUUGACAGCUGCUCUCAUAUUGGCAAAGCUCACAAGAUAUGUUGUGCAUCAAGUUAAGUUCACCGUAAGCAAGAUUCAUCUCUGGACCGACUCAACAGUAACUCUCUUUUGGCUUAGAUCUCACCCUAGUAGGUGGAAAGAUUUCAUGAGAAAUUGGGUCACUCAGAUCAUCGACCUUGUUCCAUCAGCUCAAUGGAGGCAUGUGCCAGGAAAGCAUAACCCUGUGGAUUGUGCGUCGAAGGGACUUCUUACCUCUCAGCUUGUAUCUCAUGAUCUGUGGUGGAAUGGUCCGGUCUGGAUGACGUCGGAUGACAGGGGAUGGCCUGAUCAACCAGACACCUUUCAGUUCGACGACAGUUCAGAGGCUCGUCCAACUGCAGUCCUUGUGGCCACUUCCAAGCCGUCAGAUUUGUCAUCUCAGCUGCUCAAGUUCUGCUCGACGCUUCAACACCUAUAUCGAUUAACCACUACAGUUGUGCUCGCAUGUGAAAAGUUCAAAGCCAAGCUCAAAAGUCAGACUCACUCUACGUCUGUGACGGCGGAUCUCAUAACUCAAGCCAAACUCUUCUGGAUCAAGUCUAUUCAAGCAGUUCUUCAAAGAUGA